CGUCAUCCGUCAUCAAUCGUCACGUAAAAAAUUCAGUGCUAUUUCUUUUGUUGUUUGAGUGAACGUUGUUCUAAAUAAACUUUUUUAAAUUGAAAUCAAUCAGCGUGCAAGUUUUAAACAGUAUUAUAAACUUUUAAAUCAUUAUUGUUAAAUGGCAAUUUCGUAUUCUAUGUAAUUUGAUGGCUAUGAAAUCAUAACAAUCAUAACAUUUUAUUUCUCAACAAAGCUUUUAUGGGAAUCAUUCUUAAAGCGAUCACUAGGUGACAAAGGGCAAAAUGACGGUGGAGAAGAGCAAAGGGACGGAGAAGAUGCUGCCGCCGGCGACGCGGAAGGUCGCACCUGACGGCGGUUGGGCGUGGAUGGUGUGUUUAGGAGUGAGCUUAGUCAAUUUCUCAACACGUUCCCUCGAGCCCUCCUUCGGUCUUCUCUUCAAAGAUCUAUUAGAUGACCUAGGAGUCCACACCACCGGCGCAGCAGUCAUCGCCAGUACACUGGACUGUGUAGUGAAUUUCUCCGGCUUCUUCGUGGGCCCCGUCAUAAAGACCUUCUCGUAUAGAAAGGUCUGCUUCGUUGGCUCCGUGAUAUGUGCCCUUGGUCUCCUCUUCACCGCACCUGCGAACAGCAUGGCCCAUAUUUUGGCCACGUACAGUAUAUUAGGAGGGUUUGGAGUGGGUCUCGCAUCGUCAUCGUCAUUCGUUUCACUCAACCACUACUUCUCAAAGAAGCGUGGGCAGGCUGUCGGUCUGUCCAUGGCUGGGACGGGCUUCGGCCUCAUGGUCAUGCCUCAGCUGGUCAAAAUUUUGCUCGGAGAGUACGGAUUUAGGUGGACGGUGGUGAUCUUGGGAGGUAUCGCCUUCCAUGCUGUUUUGGGAUCGUGUUUACUGCAGCCAGUGAAACGGCAUCUUAUAGAUGAACCCGUGGAUUGUGAGAUGCAACUUGUAAAGGAAAUGGAGUGUAUCCACGAAAGCGACGAAGAAGCAGAUGACAAGUUCGAGAUAAAUCCCCUCGUAACGCAUCCCAUGCCAAAGCUAACCAAACAGCGAUCCCACGGGAACAAUAUGAACCAUCCAUCCGUGAGGACGGUCGGCCUUCCGAGAGCAAAAACCUGUGACAAACCGUUGCAAGAGUUCGAAAUUAAUGCCAAAUUGGGUACAGGGUUGACAACUGCCGCUUCAGUGGCCGCCAUGCAGAGAGUGACCUCUACUAGCAGUAUGAGCGAGGAGGCUAGAAAGAGAAAAGUAUCUGUGAUAUCGAAUAUAUCUAAUAUGGACUUCACUGGAAGUUAUUUUCAGCUGUAUCUUGAUACGGCAGAAGAUGAUGCUUUACAAAUGAAGGCUUUUAAAAAAGCAGCGCAUAUGGAAGAGAAAAAGAAGCUAGGCUGCUUUAAAAAAUUUAUAAGCCUUAUGGACUUAGAUCUGUUGAAAGAUUGGUCCUUUUUGAACCUUUUACUUGGGCUGUCACUAUUUUGGAGCGGGGAGCUUCAGUUUAGGAUGUUGACGCCAUUCUUUAUAAGAAGUUUAGGUUAUAAUAUGAACGACACGGCGUUUUGCCUGUCUAUAACUGCCAUAUCUGAUAUUGGUGUGCGGUUGGUGUUGCCGCCGAUUUUUGAUAGAACUAAUAUAACUAAGAAGAUGGUGUUCUUCGUGUCAAGUUUUUUCUUGGCCGCGACGAGAUCAGUACUAGCUGAACAGACAGACUGGAUCCCGCUUAUGAUAUGGCUGUCAAUAUGCGGGUUCUUCCGAGGCAUGUGCCUCAGCAAUUUUACCCUCACCAUAUCGGAGUACUGCCCCUUGGAAAAGCUACCCGCGGCUUUUGGCCUCCAUAUGGUUAGCAAGGGGGUCUUGGUUGUGCUCAUUGGACCACUCAUUGGUUACGUUAGAGACUACACCGGUAGCUUUGCUACUUGCAUCCACGUUCAAAACGCGAUGAUCAUGUCAUGCGUACUAGUUUGGGGAAUUGAAUACGUUCUGGCGUUCACCAGACGGCGUAAAGUGGUACAAAUAUAGUACUUGCUGUACUUAGUGCAAGGUUGUACUCUAAUGAUUGCUCUAAUAAGCAAUCUACAGUUGAUCGCAAUCGCAAACUGGAGGCGUACCUUAAUAGCCGUAUGAACUACACGCGUGGAACAACGUAUUCAGUUCUGAAAUUGUGAACGAUGUCAGUAGCAUUAGUCGGUCGCAUCGGCCGUGCCAAAGAAAUACGUGUGGCGUUAGCAACAGUAGCCGUUUCUAUUCGGCGUCAGUCAUUCUGAAAAUAUUAAUCGAAUUUGCAGU